AAAUUUUUGUCACUUUUGAUGUGGCCGCUCUUCUAAAAAGUUGUAUAUGUAUAAAAUUGCUGAGUUUUUUAUUGUCUUCUACAAAAUUUUAGUAUUUUUGUAUGAAAUCAAAUAAUUUUCAAUUGUUCUAAAAUAAAAAAAAUAAUCUGAAAACCCCCCGAAGCAUUUGCUAGUGAGAUUACCGCAAUUAACUCCCUCAAACCAGCUACAAAUCAACAAGUUACAUACUGGUUCUAAACUUCUGACGUGUCUUUCCUUUCGGCCAUCAAAUCGUGGCUCUCACCGGAUCACUUAAACUAGAUAACAAUCCUAAAAUUCAUGAUUACAAAAGGUGAUUUGCAAAAAUGAGUUUACGCAGGCGAACGGAUGGUGGAGCCUCCGAUAAAAAACCCGUAAUUCAAUCGGAACAUGCAGAUAUCGAGGGAAAACCAGAUUUACGUGGAGACAAAGGUAACAUUGCGAUACUUUUGUUUCUCUAUAUCCUUCAAGGAAUCCCCCUUGGACUUAUCGCUGCUAUUCCAAUGCUGCUGCAAAAUCGUGGUGCGAGUUAUAAACAACAGGCGGAGUUCAGUUUUGCCUAUUGGCCAUUUAGUUUGAAGCUGCUAUGGGCUCCAAUAGUCGAUUCAUUGUAUGUGUCGCGCUUUGGAAGGAGAAAAUCCUGGCUUAUACCGACGCAGUACCUAAUUGGACUUUUCAUGUUGCUGCUGUCGAUGAAUGUGGACAGUUGGUUGGGGGGCAAUGGAGUUGAACCGAAUGUCCCUCUGCUCACAUUCAUGUUCUUUAGUUUGAACUUCCUUGCGGCAACCCAAGACAUCGCCGUCGAUGGCUGGGCCCUGACUAUGCUCAAGAGAUGCAAUGUAGCUUAUGCAUCCACUUGCAACAGUGUCGGACAGACAGCUGGCUAUUUCCUGGGCUAUGUCGCCUUCAUUGCCAUGGAAUCAAAAGAUUUCUGCAACACCUAUCUACGCACCGAACCCAAAGACGAAGGAAUGGUCACACUUCCAGAUUUUCUGUGGUUCUGGGGAUUGUGUUUCCUGGUUGCUACAACUUUGGUGGCUAUAUUCAAGCGAGAGAACAGCGAAGAAUCCGAUGAGAGAUUCACCGAUCAUCCAGAGCUUGACAUCAAGGAAAGCUAUAAGAUUUUGAUUGACAUUUUGCGAAUGCGGCCUAUUCAGAUUCUAGCUGCAAUCCUAUUGACUGUGAAGGUCACAUUUGCGGCCAGCGACGCUGUUACUUCAUUGAAGCUUAUCGAUGCUGGAGUUCCGAAGGAAAAGCUGGCUCUACUCAUCAUCCCAGUCAUUCCAUUGCAGAUUAUUCUUCCACUGGUUGUGAGUCGUUACACCAAUGGUCCGAAACCUAUGGACGUAUAUGUGAAAGCGAUUCCCUAUCGCAUGAUCUUCUCGGGAACUGCCACUCUAAUUGCCUUCUUCUGUCCGCUAAUGAUCAGUGGUGGAGAAGUACCUCUGUACUUCUAUGUACUUCUCGUCGUGAAUUAUGGAAUCUAUCAGAUUUUCUUGUACUGCAUGUUUGUUGCUGUGAUGGCGUUCUUUGCAAAAAUAUCCGACCCAGCUGUAGGCGGGACAUAUAUGACUCUGUUGAACACAGUCUGUAAUUUGGGAGGUAAUUGGCCGAAUACCGUGAUUCUAUGGUUGGUUGACGUUCUGACUUGGAAACAAUGCAAAGGAGACGUUGAGGGUGAUUCGGAGAAUCUAUGUCUCAACAAAGAACAAACUGAGAAAUGCACAUCAUCAGGAGGACGUUGUGAAAUAAUUUUUGACGGUUACUACAUUGAAGCUAUCGUCUGCAUGCUCUACGGGCUUGUGUGGUUGUAUUUCGGACGAAAAUAUAUUAAGUAUCUUCAAAAUCUUCCCACACGACAAUGGUUAGUGGUAAAUGAAUCGAACUCCGGCAAAAAGUCCAAAAAGAGAUAGCAAUUAAAUGUAUAAGAAGAAACUUCACAUGACUUCAUUUUUGAAGAAACACUUUAGUUUUGUAUAAUUGGAUAGUUUGUUGUAUGUGUGUAGCUUUUGUUCCGUUUUUAUUUUAUAUGAAAUUAUUUAUAAAUGGAAUGUCAUCCAUUGAUCAGAUAGGGAACCAGUGAAGGGAUCAGAAGAAGAAGAAAUUCGAUUUUGUAGUUUUCUUUUUCAAAAAACAGUUCUUUUAUGGUUAGUUAUUAUUUGUUUGCAUUUUCAGGAAAAAAAAGGCAAUAAAGAUUCCACGUACAGAAUAAAUUUAGUACAAUUUUUAAGUAUUUUAUUGUGAUUGGAUACACCUACUUCGUACAUAUUAAGAUAUGUAUGUUUGUACAUCAUUUAGGGUACACAUUAUAAUAAUUUUUUGUAUGCCACGGUUUUUCAAAUAAUUUUUAGUUUCCUUUAAAUAUUUGUAUAAAUAUAAUGUAAUGAAUAUACAAA